AUGUCACAAUGUUUUAGCCAAAGUGAAUCCCGUGAAGGAAAUAUUAGGUCAUUCUCCCAAUCAACAUCAGCUGCAGCAAGUGAAGAUCAAGUUAACGAAAGUGAAAUGAGUAGUGAAAAUGAGAAAUUUGAUUUUGCAGUAGAUUACAAAUUAUUUGUUAAAAUAGCAAAUGGGGAUAAUAAUAUUAUGCCAAGUGAAUUCUCUGUGACAUUCAAAAUGCAAAGAAAAACAGGCACUAAUAUCCAAUUAGUCGAUGAACAGGAUUUCAUAAAGUUUAAAUCUGAAUAUACAAAGUUAGCUACUAGAAAGAGUGAUAUCAAAAUUUAUAUAACAAUUGUGCGACAAUCUACUAAAAACAAAUGA